UUUUGUCUGGCUUGUCCUGGCACCAGUCUGCUCUCUGCAAGCAGUGAAAGGUGGAGAGAGAGCUUUUCACCAUCACACUCUCUGACUGACACACACACACAAAUAUACACACACACACUACCACACUCAGCGCGAGGAACCAGGACACAUCCAAACGUAACAGGACUAUGGACCUGAGCCUGAGAGAUGCACUGGGUGGGGGUGGACACGGGGUCCCAGGUGGAGCCCCGGCUGAAGCCCUGCUGAAGAGAGACUUCGUGGCCUCGUUGGAGAAAGAGAGCUACGACGACAAGGUGGGAGAGAGCGUCUCCAAGAGCGACUACCGACCCUUACUGGAUGGGAAGGACAUGAAGAGCGGUCAAGGAAUGAUGUCAUCAAUGAUGUCUUCUGGGGGACGCCAAGACCCACCAGGACAGCCGGCCUUUGGAUCUGACUACCUGUCAGGUCCUAUGAUGGGCGGGAAGACCGAUCAGUGGAGCCUGAACAAGGGAAAGGACAGCAGCAUGCCCGACUCAUUCCUAGGCUUCUCUCAGCCUGGGAUGGGAGGGACCAUGGGGUCCAGCCUGCCUCCACUCCAGACCACGAUGGGCUCCACUCUGGGCCAGACUGGGAUGGGUUCAGCUAUGGACACCAAGAGCUCUGGCCUCUUUGGUAUGGAAAACAAAACCAGCAGCAACAUCAGCCCGUUUAAAACCAGUGAUCCGUUUUCUGCUGGUGGCCCGGGACUCCUCUCCAUGGACCACUCUACAGCUCCCGUCCUCUCUCCGAGCGGCUCAAUGGAUGACAGCAGUUCCUCCACCUCCGAGCCCCUCAGCCCCGAGAGAGCGGGCCCGGGGGGCGAGACUGGCAAGCAACAGCAGAGACGGAAGAAGAAGAAGAGGAAGACCCACAAUGAGGCCUACGACUUCUUGGAUAGCCAGGAGAAUAGCAGCGGCCAGUCAGAUAAGCAUGGGAUGCAGGACAAGGGCCAACAGGAGGCAGAGGAGGACGAGGAUGAGAACUGGGAGUGGGAGAUCAGGGAGAGUGGAGGAGGGGGUAGAGUGAAAGGCAAGAAGACUAAGAGUCGAGCAAGGCUCCCGGAAGAGUGGGGAGCGCCUCCGCAGCCCCUUUCCCCAACCCAGGCUUCUGUUGCUCCUAACUGGGCUACAGCUGCCGACUCUGGUCUGUCUGACUCCAAAACUCCAAACGCCAGCCCCAGCCCUGUUUUACCCCCAAGUUUCACCAACCGUUCCCAUGCUAGCCCUGUAGCCGACUCCUCACCGCGCUCCUAUGAGCCAAUGUGUGUAGAGGAUUUCCCCAUCACUUCCAAAGAUGGUCAGAAAGUAAACGAGGAGAAGGUUUUGACCAGCAAACCUGAACCUCACGUUACCUCCGUGACCACUGCUGCCACCAAGAGCAUGGCCGGAGAUGCUAACAGUAGUCUCGCAUUAAUGACAGGAGAUAACCUCAGCCCAGUCUCCCAGACCUUCUCUUUCCUGGAUUCAGUCCUCCAGACUCCCCCAGGAUCCACUCCUGACUCGCAGACCACCACCCCCAUCACCAACACCCCCUCACUUGCUACUGCUCCCUUGACUAAGACCACCCCUACAGAUUCAGCCCCCUUUUCACAAGUCAGUUCUCUUUUCAGUCCUUCCAAGAGCACACCAGACCACCAUCCUGCUUCCGCUUUGUUCACCAGCCCGUCACCCUUCGCUGCCGCAGACACACAUCCUCCAAAAUCUGCAUUUGGGUCAGCUCUCAACGCUGACGCUAAACCUUUUGUCCCCUCAGGGAUACUCACGUCCUCUCUGACCACGCCCAUUAUGACUACAGCUGCUCCAGUUGUUGGCACGGCAUUCGCUGCCACCUCAGUCUCUCCCUUUAAGAACGAAGCCACGCCCCCACCACCCAAGGACACUCCCUCCAAAAGUGUAGCCACGCCAUUUAGCUCAGUGACAGUCACUCCCUCUCCUACCAUCACCCCUGCAGCCCCUCCCUCUCUCCCUGCACACUCAGAGCACCAGGAGUCCUCGUCGCCAAAGCUCCCCCCACUGGAAGUGAAAUCUGACAACAAGGACAAACAGGAGAAGACAGACUUCAUGUCCAGCAAGACGGACAAGAUCGAUACGUUUGACAAGAAGGAGAAAGAAGAGCAGCAGAAGAAGGACAACCAGAAGAUCGCCAAAGACGACGAAAAGAUGGAGAAGAUGAAUGCAGAGAAAAACAACAAAGCCAACGAGAAAGCCGAGAAAGUGGACAAACCGGAGAAGACCAACAAAGACGAGAAGAAGGAGGAGGAGAAGAAGCCGGCUGAGAAGAAGGAGGAGAAGGGAGGCAAAGGGACAGCCAAGUCUCCAACAGGGAACAGUGGCAAGACCCUGCCGAGCCCUGACAGCAAGGGCAAGCCUGACGUUGGUUCUUCUAAACCAAAUUCAGCCAAAUCCCGCCCAUCCACCCUCUCCACCAAUGGCGAGGCCAACUCAGCCAAACGCCCCUCCCCCACCACAGCCUCAGCCAAUAAAAAAAGCCCUGUACCCAAGGCGACCACACCCACUGCUGCCAAGCGGCCACCAACUGGCUCUGCCAAGGCUGCUAAGACUCCAGAGAACGGUGAGAAACGCCCACCUGCGCCAAAGGCCACGCCCACACCACGUUCAACUGCCAAUAAGAAUGGCUCCCCUGCCAACGCAGCAAGUAAAGCUGCUGUGAACAAGAAUGAGAAGAAUGAGAACAAGACAGGAGAGGUGAAGAAACCUAAGACUACAGCCCGUCCUCGCCCAGCCCCGUCUGCAGCUCCUCCCUCUCAGGCUGCUUCAACCAACGGGGAAGCGACUCACCGCCGCCGGGUCAUCACCAAACCCCCCGUGCCCAAGCAGACCCCAAUGGAGAAGAAACCCCCGGUGCCCCGUGCUCCCCGAACCCCCCGGCCCAUCAAUGCUCCCACACCUGACCUGAAGAACGUCCGCUCCAAGAUUGGAUCGAUUGAUAACAUCAAGUACCAGCCAGGAGGAGGAAAGGUCUCCUCCACCCCGAACAACAAGACAUCAGACCCCUCCAACCCUGCUGCCAAGGCCAGAGUUCAGAUAGUGCACAAAAAGCUGGACUUCAGCCAUGUCACAUCUCGCUGUGGCUCCAAGGACAAUAUCAAACAUGUCCCUGGAGGUGGCAAAGUGCAAAUCCAGAAUAAGAAGGUUGAUGUGAGCAAGGUGACGUCCAAAUGUGGUUCCAAGGACAACAUGAAAUAUAAGCCAGGUGGAGGCGAUGUGAAGAUCGAGUCACAUAAGCCAAACACUAAAGCUAAGUCAAAGGUCGGAUCCAUGGACAACGUGGGGCCAGGCAACGGACAGACCAACGGACAUAAGGAGGAGAAAACAGAGGAGAAGACAUCUUCACCCCCAAGUGGCGCUCCAACAACAGGACCAGCAGGCGGUGCUAAGGAGAAUGGGAUGAAGGAACCGACCCCCACUCCUUUUGGGGGAGACGGACUUAGGGAGAACCUUAGCGUAGACAAACGCAUCACUGAGACAAAUUGAAUCUCAGUGACCUGUAGAUUUCGGUGGGACCGGCAUAACCCUUGUCGACCUGCCAAUCAACCGACCGACCAACCUACCACGGCGCAGUCACUUUCCUCUGGCCCCGCCCCUUCAUCUCGCCCACCGCAGCACCGAACUGACCGAUCGCCUCUCUGUGUUUCUCUGGGGUCCGCCUACCAGCUUCCUGCUACCAAACCCUGACCUUUGACCUCUAGAUGCCAUUGGGUUAACAGAUAGCUCUGCCUACAACAGAGAAGAGCACUUGGUGUUUGUCUGUGUUUCUCUGUGCAAGGUUCCUGCAGCUUCAUGACUAAUUCAGUUCCUUCGAUAGCACUGAGGGCGUCAACUUCAACCCCAAAUUUAAAACUCCAACUCACAAUGAUCUCACAAUGAAUUCAUUUAUUAGAUUAUUCUGAGAAAGGUCACUCCUAAGGGUCAACCUGUCCUCAUAGUGCACCGCUUUGCCUUAGUACUCAGGCUAACACAAUGCCCUUUGUACAGGCCUUUGAAAUUCAAAACUACUUGGAUCUUCCAAGUUAACUUUUAUCCCGGCCACACCAAUCAGCUGAGAGUCUGCUACCAGCCAGCUUCAAACCAACAACCUCCAGCCAGCGUCUACUUUCAGUUCUACAGUGUCUUCACAGCACUGCAUGACGUCUUACUCUAGGUAGUUCUACGGCUCACUCACCAAACUAUAUCGUCCAUCGCAUCUAAUCGCACAAGUCCCCCAAAUUUGUUGCAGUAGUGCUUCUUUACCUCGGGUCUAUUAACGGCAUGAUGCUCAGCAGUGACUAUGCAGAGGAACCGGGCUCAUGCAGAGAGGAGGUAGUUAUUAUUGGAGAAGUUUAGAAAUAGAUCUGAGGAAUAAGAAUAGAUCUGGAGUUUAAAAUCAGACUUAAGGAGCAGCAAGGAUACAUAGAUGUAUUUGCUGACAGUCCUCAAUGAAGGGAAGAUUCAGAGGCUACAACAGAGUAGCACAUGAUACUCAUUAUCAAACAAAGGUAGGAAGCUUCGUUGCUUCUCUGGUUAUCCUCGGCACAACAGGGAUUCGGCACCGAGCACUGGUACGACAUUUUUACGCCAAGUACUUUUUUUGAAGUGGAGAUGCCAGUGUUUGACCUUGAAAAUACAAAAUCAAGCUUUAACUUCUCUGCUAAGUUAAACUGCUAGCUGCUGCUGCUGCUGCACCACUGAGUCAUGUGAAACUAUGAAAGCACACUAUAUACUGUGUGUGGCACCUUGUUAUUUCUGACAACCCUUGGGCACCAGUAAAAAAAAAAGAGCGACCCGGUCACACCAGCAACCAGAAAUCUUAUUUUAUUUAAAUUCAUACAAGCAAAGGUUUGUUUUGAUUUUUGCAAUAUGUGCAUCAAGGUCAAGUUAGGAGCUUAAUGGAGGCUGUGUAGUCUAAACUGUAGGGGAGCCAUCACAGCUCAUUGGCCGUGCUACACCAUCCACUCGCCUUUAAUGUAAUAUGAACAGCUCUACAGAAAAGAAGGGGUCACAAAUUCCCAAAUGCAAUUGUCCACAAAAGCUUGCAACUUGUCAGAUAGCAAGUUUGCUAGCUGGGAGUUCAAAAAUGAGUCCCAUAAAUACAUGCAUGAGUGAAAUUAACAGGAGUGUCAAAACACCUUCUUUUCAGGAUCUCCAUUUUUGAUUACAGUGAUUUUUAUAUCACCUUGCACCAAGUCUUCACCUGGUGUGACCGGGACUUGAACCACUACAGAAAACCUCCAAAAUAGACCGACUUCAGUCUUAAGAGUUACAACCCUGUACCAUGUGUCUCCACUCUCUAUAUAUAUCUCCACACUCCUAACUCUGCACUUCAUACAACACACCGAUCAAUUCCUCCUGUGAGGGAACCCUGCCGUCACCCCGAGAUGUGGUUCUGGGUCACAGACAGACACGACAGUGCUUUUCUUCUCAAGCUUGUGUGGCACUUCCUGGUCAUGUGGUUUACCCCCCAGUGGAGAGAGGGCGGGGCUACAGAGCUUCACCCCUCUUAACGUCCUCCCUCUAUAGUCAGAUCCUCUCUCUGUGAGACCUGCUAACUUUCUUCACACACAGACACCAUAAGCGCACACAUAAGCACAGAUAUAUACAGGAAAAGCACACAUGCUUGUUCGUGUGCAUGCACACACACACACACAUACACACAGACACAGACAGAUAUCAGCACAUAUACACACAUACAGUAUAAUACACACAGACACACAAAUCAGCAUCCUUCAAUAAACCAGUUUGCUGUUCAUAGAUUCAUUUCUCUGUUUUUAGAAAGAAACCGACUCUUUAUUGUGUUUUGGUGGUCUAUGCUGAUAUUGUUCAAACAAUGAUGAGCUGUGUUGGUGUGUUUUCUCCUUUCAUAGUCAUCGUCAGACACUUUCAUCAUAGGCUCGCCUCAUCCUGCCUCUUCCUCCGUCUGUCUGCUCAUUCCAACUCUUUGACAGCAAUACAGUGACUGUAGUUGGGGAACCUUCAGUGACCCACGCUUACAGAUGUCGUACAGAUAGAGAAAGAUAGACAGUGACAGAGAAUGACCGGGAACGAAGUUAACAGGUGGUAAAGAGAGGAGUGAGUUUGAAACUGAAUAUUGAUACAUUCAUGGCAGGUUUGAAGGCGGCGAAGUGAUUCAGUGAUUUCUUUUAGCAGAGCUUGAACGAAGAGCGUUCACCGAGCCACUUGAUGUGACGACUACCCUUAAAGCUGGGGUUGGUGGUCAGAUUUAGAUACACUUUUUGUUAGACUGGUUAAAAUGAUCUGUAUGUCCCGAUGGCAAUCAAUACAUAAUGUGUUCUUAAAAACCUGGAGUAAACCUGGGAAAACACCAACCAAUCCCUGCCAUCAGGAGCCAAAUUAGGGAACCAAUCAAAUCAUGUCCUGCCGUUCUGCCCGCCGCCUGCGCGUACAUUUCCCCGGCAUGCUCUCCGAGCCCCCGUCCCCUGUCUCUAUUUACUGCCCCUCUCUCUCGACCUCUGGCCUGUCCCCUCUGACCCGAUGAGGUGCUUUGCUCGGGACUGUAGUCCGGAUCAGAGUCUAAAAAGCUCUCACCACGGGGGCUCUGACAAGCAAGAGAAUGACUGACAUUUAGUAAGCAGUGGUGGUUCUGGGGAGGGGCCAACAGGGGCCACUGCCCUGUGGCCCCUCCUCCACACCAAACAAAUAUUAUACAAUAAAAAAAGCUUUGAUUGACAUUUUGACAUAGUACACAGUAGUAUAUAUGUCUAGUAUAAAGGGAUGCACUGAUGUUUUGCCAGUUUGUUCUCAGCCAGUCCCGCCCUUCUCAGUCUCUUUUGUCAGGGUUGAAUGUGUCCCUCUGACAACACCCUUGGCCCCAGCCUGGCCCCCCCCAGUAAAUUGGUCUUGCACCGCGACUGUUAGUAAGUCCUACAGAAAAUGUAGAUGUACUGUAGCGUCUGUCCGGACUCUGUAGGGAUGACGAGCUGAUUCGUGAACACGUUGAGCUUUAAUAACCGGUCACUGUCGGCCGUGAUCACGCCAACCAACAAAACAACAAUCAAAGUUUGAAUGAAUGAAGAACUUUUCCUCUUGUCUCUCCUCUCCUGAUGCCUUCACUGACUGUCAACACUGUAGGAAUUAAGAACAUCUACACUGAACACAUUAAACAAACAGUAGAGCUGUUACAGUAUUACAUGUGUUAUAACUUUUCUCCUGAUAUCGUGUCACCUGUACAACUGGAUAAUGCUAGCAUGACAGUUGCAAGUGCUAACAGCAGCCAUGUUUGUUUGUGUUUUUAACUUUCACUAUGAUAAUGUUUCGGUGAGGACCGGUUUUGAAUCAGUCACGAUCAUAUGGUCGCGGGGGCGUCGUUUUGGUGGAGGUUGGAGGGGUUAGACGGAGUCCUGAGGAAAUGCUACAUUCAAACUCAUGCUAGUUUUUCCAUGACUACCAACCCUAGCUUUAACAGCAGUUUGGAGCGUGUCGUAUGUUUCACUCAGUAUCUGUAGUGUAAAUAGAUUGAAGUAAAUAGAUUCUAAAUGCUUUUUUUUUCUCUUCGGUAUCUUUAUGUUCUUUGUUUUGUACAGUAUUUAACUGGAUAUACUAAAGUUUAAAAAUGAUCAAAUACGACUUUACUUCCCUGGACUGCAUGAACCGCCUCGCCCGUGAAAUGCCAUGAAUGCAGCAGUAUUUAAAGCAAAGGCACAACCAAGAGCGCCCCCUGCUGGGGUUGUGAGAGUCAAAGAAUCUGAAGUCCAAAUUUGAAACUAAAUGUUUGUAGUACACAAAAGAAUCUGAAUCUAGGUUGAUGAGGAGUCCGUUUUAAGUUGUAGAGGUUUCAUUUCUGCAUUUCUUGAAUAUCUUUCAUGAUCUAUGGAGAAGAAAAAAAGAACUUUUAGUUUGUUUUAUGUUAGAAAGUCACCUUCAUUCUUUUCCUCUCUUAGCAUUUUAGAUUAAACAAUGCUGUGACGUGACUGUGAUUGACAUAGCAGAAGCAUUGCUAUGCGUCGCUCCAGUAAAAACCCAUGAAACGCAGACGAUACGAUGGAGAAUGUUGAGUCUACUCACUGUAAUUCUAUGCAUUUUUUGCAUCGCUGGGAAGGUCUCUCCGCUGAAACUCUUAAAAGGAUUAGUGACUUGUUUUGUGGCGUGUUGCCGUAGUUGUCAGAUGUGUGAAGUGUUACUACUGCAUCCAUCCUGUAGAGAGCGCUGCUUAGCCUCUGGAACACUGAUAGUCUGGCUAUGAGACUUAAGGAAGGCUCACUGAGAAAUCAUCACCAUUAGACACCUCAGUAGAGUUACAUACUGUUCUCAUUAAACUAGCUUUGACGGCCGUAUUGUAUUAUUGUGUCUGGAAUAUUAAAUACUAUCUAAAUUAUAUGAAGUAUGUACAGUUCCCCUUCAAACUCAAAACAAGUCUUGUGCACUUUGAACAUAGUUGUGUUCCUUUCUUGGCGCACUGAAGUGAUUUUAAAGUUGCUUUCCUGUGUAUUGGUAAAAAAACAUUGUCAGCAGUGUUCUGUACACGUGUGCUUUUGGGAGCAAAAACAGUCUUGGUAGUUAGUUGAAGUUAUGAUAAUCAAAGAGCCAGUGGUCAAAUAUUUAAUACAGAUUAGAUGAUUAAAAAGCACCGUAUAAGGAUAUUUAAUAUUGUACUAUCCCUCCAAAUCAUUCCCAUGAAGGCUGCCUAAAAGUAAAACAUCGUACGUGAUCAAAUGAAAAUGUGAAAAUGAAAAUGUGAAUCUUUCUUCAGGAAUGGAAGAAACAGAAGGGAUGAAAGCACUUUGAUAACUGUAGAUUGUAGUUUGUAUAAAGUAGGAUGAAGAAGUAGUCUCGUUGUGUGUUGGAGUGAGUUAGCAUGUGACGGGGAUGACCUGCUGUUGUGUAUCUUGGACUACACAUCCGUGUCCCCCCUUAUCGUGGCCGGCUCAGAAGAUUUUAGUGGAAGUUUGUUCAUCAGUGUUGUUCUAUUGGCUAUGAUGAUUUAACUCUCGACUCUCCGGUCUGCCCUUAUGUUGUUUCUGUCAGCAGUCGCUGGUUAUUACUGUUUGGCCAAGCUCACAGCCGCACUCCUCUCUGAGCGAGCGUGUUCAUGGUCGGUGAAAAAAACAAGGGUCAGAGAAUGAGCAUCAGAUCUAAGAAAUGAUUCAGUAUGUUAAGAAAACUGAGAGAGAAAGUACUUAUCCUUAAAAAAAAAGUAAUGAUGACAACGUGCAGCAGUUUCAAUGCUGCAUGGUUAAUUAGCUGCAAUGUAGCAUUAGAAUCUUGAUCUGGAGGUUUAUUCUGCAAACUGUACAACAGACACAAGAUUGAGUCAAACCUCUGAAGAGUCCUGAAACAUUUAAAGCAUUUGAUUGAAGGGAAGUGAGAGGUGUUAGCCGGACAGCUAGUACGUGUUUAAAAGAGGAUGUUGGCAAUGAAUCUGCAAGCAAAAAUAUCAUUAGAAGUCUUAUUUUAUAUCAAAAGUUUUACAUUUCAUAUAUUUUAUUUAGAUAUAUAAUUCUAACAACAAAUUUCCAUUACUCUGAAAUAGGAGAGUGUAUUUAUUUAAAGGGCGUUUUUUUCUUUAUAAGACAGACAAUAGAGAAAUGUCCUCAAAGCAGUGUGUUACUGUGAAUCUGCAGUAAAAGAAGAGGUUUCAAAAAUAACUUAACCCUCCUGUUAUGUUCAUUUCAUAGGAACAACAAUAAUGUUCCUGGGUCAACUUGACCCGGGACAUAGUUAAUGAUUCAAAAGUGUCAGAACCCCCCAAAAAACCCCAAUAAACAUUUUAAAAAUCUCAUUAUUAACUCCAUUACUAACCAUUUAAAUCAAUAUUUAGUGCAUUGGUGUUCUUUAAUUCUCACAGAAUUUUAAUUUUAAUGAAAAUUCAUGUUAAAACUUUUUUUUUAUGUACAUUGGAAAGUGAUUGGGGUGAAAUAUGGAACACAUUUGCAAAGAAACAUUCAGUAUUUGACACUUCUGACUGAUUUUAGCCUCCGCUUUGACUGCAGGGUCAAAUUGACCCAUGAAGAGUAUGUGAUAUAAACAUGCAGGGGCGGGUUCCAAAUGAGUGAAAUGAACCAUUUUAAUUUUGCAUGUUGUUCACGCUAAUUAAGGCAUGCAGAAAAAGUUUGACAGCAACAAUUACUUCUUUUUUUUUAACUUAAGAAUGGGUCAAUUUGACCCGCAACAUAACUGGAGGGUUAAAUAUGCUUAAAUAUGCUUAAAUAAGGUUAUUAUACUUUCAACCUUCCCUUCAGAUAUCUAUUAAAGCUCCUGUGAGGAACUCUUUGCACCUGUACGUUUGUAAAUUGUCUUUAAACGGUCACAUUUCACAGAUUCAAUCUUUGCCAUGGGUCAGUAAAGGCUGUGACCGCAGUGAGCUGUUAAUCACUUUGUCUGACACCUACCCUGCAGCAUUGAUUUCAAAUAUUAGAGGUAACAAAAACAGACAGUCUUGUCACUGAUGGUCUUGUUUGCUUACAAAGGUCACACAGAGGCAGGAUUAUUAACCCUCCUGUUAUGCUCAUUUCUCUGGAACAGCAAUAAUGUUCCUGGGUCAAUUUGACCCAGGGUAUAUUCAAUUAUCCAGAAGUGUCAGAACCCCAAAAAAUCCCAAUACACAUUUUUUUUAAUCUAAUGUUUAACUCCAUUACUAACCAUUUAAAUCAAUAUUUGGUCCAUUGGUGUUCUUUAACUCUCACAGAUCAUGGUUCAAUGAGGAUAACUCACUCAUUUUACAUUAAAAUUAAUGUUCAAACUUUUUAAUAUACAUUGGAAAGCCCUAAAUAUAAAUACAAUAGUUUUACAUGACUUAGAUUUUUGUUUAUUUUAUUUUAAAUUUUGAAUUUUUUUUAUUUUUAUGAAGUGAUGUUGAUAAAUUAACAUGACACCUCUUCUUUUAGGUUUUGAUGCUGCAUUUAGCUGCUUUGAAAGGCAUAUUUUGCCUAAAAUAGACUUUAAAAAGGGUCAAUUUGACCCGCAACAUAACAGGAGGGUUAAAUCCAGUCCACUAAAAUCUCUUCACAGGAGCUUUAAGGUCACGAGUGGGCCGCCUCAUCUCUUAAGUUUGUGGUUUUAGUUGAACUACAUGUGAUAUGUUCAGGUGUCAAACAGGUCUGAUGCUUCAGUACUUGGUGAACUAAAAGUCAUGUUGAGAUCUGCAGCUUGGACAAAUAGUAAUAACCCGUGUUCACUGUGAUGUUCUUCGCUCACAGCCGUUUCAUUCCCCCCAGUUAUAGAGCUUGAAUACCACCCUUCUACUAGUACCUCACCAUACCUUGUAUAUAGGUUCCACCAUGUUUUUAUCACUCCAGAUGUAUCUCUAAAAUCAAUCAAAAGACAAAAAAAAUCUUACUUCUUAACAGGGUAUUGUGGAUGUUGACAGAUGAGCUUUCACGCCCAUAGACCUGUUACAGUUAAGAUCAAUAAUGGUAUUACUAUAAGUUUGAAAGCAUAAGUAAGGAAAAGUGUACUUUUUCUUUUUUCAGUCUGCCUUUUUUCCUCCAAGAAAAGGGCUUCUGAAGUUUCAAGAAUGUUUUUAAAAAUGUAUUAAAGAUGCAAGAUUAUGAAUAAAUGUAUGAGGUCUGUCUCUGUUCUGUUUUGGAAGAUAGAUCACAUAUGGAAACACUAUAUACCGGAUUCAAACUGACUUGACGGGCAGGAAGGGAGACGGUGUGUGUCGUGUUCAGUAUGGUCUGAUGAACGACUCGACGGAGAGCAAAACCUGGGAUUACAGAAAACUAUAACCCUGCUUCAGAAACGGUCGGCGGACUUUUAAUACAACCAAUAUUCUGAUUGGCUUCCACUUCGGUUUGAAAAUGCACAACUGUACAUGUUACACCUGACACACACUGGUCAACCCUUUCUCCCGCCUACCGCCACUCCCCUGCUAAACUAACCAGACUUAGUCUUGGCAUGUGAUAGAAAGUAACGUUCUGUAUUAGACACCUUGGCAUAUCUACCAACACAGGAAGCGUCGGCCCAAAUUAGCUUUUCCAGUGUCAGGAACAAAUUGUUUUUCACUGUGCAACAGCAUCCACAAAUCAGUGAAUGCUGAGCUCAAACACACCAAGUUUGAAUUUGAACAACAGCUGAGUGUAUGGAUCAUAAUUGGAGAACACUCAGAGUAAAAGGGAGUGUUGGUAGAUAUGCACCUGGAGCCCCUAGCUGUGUCUCCCACCUGCAGAGGCUCGUACGCAUUACAGCACUGAAAAGCAGCUUUUUUGUAUUUGUAAUCUUUUCCACCUAAACAGCAGAUAUCAGAUGAUUAUAAUAAAUAUCAGAUGAUUAUAAUCCAGUGAAUCCAACACCAAGGACUCUGUGCUUCCUUGUGAUCAGUAAACACUGCUUUAGCUUUAUUUAAAGGACCAGCUUUGAUAAAAAAGUUAUAACGUUUGAGCUAACAAAUCUGCUUUUCAGUACUGUGAAGUGGGAGCACUGUAGUGUGUGCUGUAUUAUUCUGUAGGGCACAACACCAUAGCAAGAGCAUGCAGAAGACGACAAACAAACUGCUGGUUGUUAGAGGCAUCUGUCCUAUUAGAUAGAGCUCAUCUCCCCCUUCAAUUCUGAAUAUUUGGUAUGAAAGAGAUGUUCAUUGUGAUUAAUUGUUAACCAGUGAUGUGAAUAUUAAUCAAGAAUAAAAAGAUGAGCAAAAACUCU